AAGGGAACGCACGGACCCAAGAUCGUGGAGUCCAGGAACAUCCCGCAGCUGUCCACAGGCGACAUGCUCCGCGCCGCAGUGGCAGCAGGCACCGAUGUCGGGAAGAAGGCCAAGGCUAUCAUGGACUCAGGAGGGCUUGUGACGGACGAGAUCGUGAUCGGCAUCAUCAAGGACGAGAUCGCGAAACCAGAGUGCCAGAACGGGUUUAUCCUGGACGGCUUCCCGAGGACUCUGGCUCAGGCGAACGCGCUUGACCAGAUGCUCGCAGCCCGCGGAGAGAAGGUGAACUGCGUGAUCGCGCUCGAGGUGCCGGACUCGGUGCUGGAGGAGCGAAUCUGCGGAAGAUGGAUCCACAAGGCGUCAGGACGAUCGUACCACGUGAAGUUUGCUCCUCCCAAGAGCUUGCCAGCGGGAGCCAAGCCGAGCGCGAGCAACAUGAAGGACGACAUGACCGGCGAGGCUCUGAUGCAGCGUAGCGACGACACAGCAGAGGCGCUGAAGAAGCGUCUGUCGAGCUACCACGCGGAGACGGUUCCAAUCCUCAAGCACUAUGAGCCCGCGGGGAUCGUGACGAGAUGCAACGCGAACCAGGCGAUGGACAAGGUCUGGGGGGAGAUCGAGGGAGCUCUCAACAAGACCUCGUCGGGAUCUUGGAGCUGGAAGUCGCUGGCGUUCAUGACGCUGCAGGCGGCGUUUGUAUAUGCUGUGUGCAGCAAGCGCUUCAACCUGAAGCUCGUUUGA